ACAUUAGGAGAGGACUUAUCGGAGAUUUUGGAAAAUGUUGUGGGAGCUAAGUGGCAAAAGGGAAAUAAGCAUUGCGAUUAGCACCGAGCAGAAGCAGAGUUGCGCUGUGUCUAAACUCUAAUUUUUGAGAGAGAAGAGAACCGUCUCGUCCGUUAAGGUCAAAUUUUUUUCCUAAACCACCACCAACUAAAGCGCAACGCCGGAGCUCUUUGCCGCUGCCGCCGCCGCCGCGUACGGCGAAUCCCGACGCCUUUUAAUCUUAUGCUAUAUUCGAUCGGCUGCGUUCCGCGACUCUCGUCGACGGAAUUCCCGGUGACUCACCGGUGGCCCGUGGAAAACAGUUUCGUUGAUUAUUAUGAAGAAUCAGAGCAAGGACAACGGUUGCAGCAAGAGCAAUGGAUUCGUUCCUUCUUCCUUCAAGUUUAUAUCGUCUUGCAUUAAGACCGCCUCCUCCGGCGUCCGUUCCGCCGCCGCCUCUAUCUCCGGCGACGGACACGACCGCAAGGACCAGGUAGCAUUUUGUGUGCUUUGGGCUUGCUUUGACAGGCUAGAACUUGGUCCAACUUCUGUCAAGCACGUCCUCUUACUCGGUUAUUCCAAUGGAUUUCAAGUUCUUGAUGUCGAAGAUGCUUCUAAUGUCAGGGAACUUGCCUCAAAACGUGAUGAUCCAGUUUCAUUUUUACAAAUGCAGCCUGUCCCAGCAAAAUCUGAAAGCUGUGAAGGAUUUAGAGCAUCACAUCCUUUACUCUUGGUUGUUGCAUGUGAUAAAUCAAAGAUCCCCGGUAAAAUGCUAAAUGUCAGAGAUGGCCAUAGUGAAGCUCAAGCAGAAAAUAUUGUCAGCUCAGCUACAGCAGUUCGGUUUUACUCACUAAGGUCACAUACCUAUGUUCAUGCUCUGAGAUUCCGUUCAACUGUCUACAUGGUUAGAUGCAGUCCUCGAAUAGUGGCUGUGGGUCUUGCUACUCAAAUAUAUUGUUUUGAUGCUCUUACUCUUGAGAAUAAAUUCAGUGUUCUCACUUACCCUGUACCUCAGUUGGGAGGACAAGGAAUGGUUGGGGUUAAUAUUGGCUAUGGUCCUAUGGCUGUAGGGCCACGGUGGUUAGCUUAUGCCUCAAACAGUCCAUUGUUAUCAAACACAGGCCGCUUGAGUCCUCAGAGUCUUACACCUCCUGCUGUCAGCCCAUCAACAUCUCCCAGCGGUGGAAGCCUGGUAGCCCGAUAUGCCAUGGAAUCUAGCAAGCAUUUGGCAGCAGGGCUGAUCAAUCUUAGUGAUAUGGGAUACAAAACAUUGUCUAAAUAUUACCAAGAUCUAAUACCUGAUGGAUCAAGUUCUCCUGUAUCAUCAAACUCAAGUUGGAAAGUUAAUCGAUUUACAUCAAAUUCUUCAGAAACAGAUACAGCUGGGAUGGUUGUUGUCAAGGAUUUUGUUUCUAGAGCUGUUGUGGCACAAUUUAGGGCCCAUACUAGUCCAAUAUCUGUGUUAUGUUUUGACCCAAGUGGGACACUUUUAGUUACAGCCUCAAUUCAUGGCAACAACAUCAAUAUAUUUCGAAUUAUGCCAUCCUCAUCAAAGAAUGGAUCAGGUUCUCAAAGCAGUGAUUGGAGCUGUUCACAUGUGCAUCUUUACAAGCUCCACCGUGGCAUGACAUCUGCUGUAAUACAAGAUAUUUGUUUUAGCCAUUACAGUCAGUGGGUUGCCAUCAUUUCCUCCAAGGGAACUUGUCAUAUUUUUGUUCUUGCCCCUUUUGGUGGUGAGACAGUUCUUAAGAUGCACAAUCAGGACACGGAUGGCCCUGCUCUGUUGCCAAUUUUUCCUCUACCAUGGUGGUUCACUCCACAUUUCACUGUAAACCAGCAGCAGUUGUGCCUGACACCUCCACCUCCUGUUGUUCUUUCUGUGGUUAGCAGAAUAAAAAAUAAUAAUGCCGGAUGGCUCAAUACGGUUAGUAAUGCUGCAUCUUCUGCAGCAGGAAAAGUCUCAAUUCCAUCUGGUGCUGUUUCUGCUGUCUUUCACAGUUCCAUUCCUCAUGAUUCACACAAUGCGCACUCAAAAAUUCAUGCUAUGGAGCACUUAUUAGUUUAUACUCCUUCUGGUCAUUUAAUUCAAUAUAAACUACUACCACCAUUGGUGGCAGAAUCAAGUGAAACUGCUUCAAGAACAACCCUAGUUCCUUCAGCACAAAUACAAGAAGAAGAUUUGCGUGUGAAGGUCGAACCUGUUCAAUGGUGGGAUGUUUGUAGGAGAUAUGAUUGGCCAGAGAAAGAGGUGCGCAUAUUGGGGAAUACUGUUGAUGGACUGCAAGCUGCGGAAAUGAUCUUGGAUAGUUCAGAUUAUGAAGAUAAUAGUGUCCGGAGCAAUAAUUCUAUAAAACUUGAUAAGCAAUGUCACUUCUCAAAUACAGAGGUACAUAUAAACUCUGGGCGGAUACCAAUUUGGCAGGAGUCUAAGGUGUCUUUCUUUGUGAUGAGUCCUUUGGAAGCUGGAGAGCUGAAUUUAUGUGAACUUGGUACAAGUGGAGAAAUUGAAAUAGAGAAUAUUCCCAUUAAUGAGAUUGAAAUAAAACAGAAGGAUCUGUUGCCCAUCUUCGACCAUUUCCAUAGAAUUCAGUCUACCUGGGGUGACAGAGGUAUUGUUAUGGGAAGAUGCUCUAGCUCUUCAUCUGAUUCACAUGGAACUGAAGAGAAGUUGUCAGAAGAUUCUGCAAUUUCCCAUUCAAAGUUGAUGGUACCUAGCUUAGCCGAAAAGGCAUAUGUUGCAGGUGCAUCAAAUUUUGCUGAUAGUAUAACUGCAAAGGUUAUUAAAUCAUCAAAACAUGAAAAAGCCAGUGACAGUUUCAAUUCAAGUUUUAGUGGCUCUGAUUUGAAUAUGAACGUUAAUUGUGAGGAGUCAAUACGUGAUUCACCAGACUUUGAGCAAUUUUUUCAAGAAGGUUAUUGUAAAGCAUCAGUUGACUGUCAUGAAUCAACAGAAGUUAUUACUGAUGUGGAUUGUAGCAGUCCCUGUGGCAGGGAGAAAUCUGAUGAAGAUGGUGAUAAUGAUGACAUGCUUGGUGAUGUAUUUGACUUCUCUGAGGAAGGUUGAUGACUAUUUUAUUUAUGCUUGCCUCCCUCUUUGAAUUGCUGUAAAUUGGUGCUGUAAAGGAAAUUAAUUGACAAAUGCAGGUGAUUUCCUUGCAACAAGCUAAAUGAUACUGACCAUUGAUUCAAGGAAUUUAAUGUUCUUCACUCUCAAUAUUCCUUCCCAGUCCAGUGAUUCUUCUGACCUUCUAACUUUCAUGUAAAUGAUGUAUAUUGAAAUUCGUGACUACAAAUUAUUUGUGUGGGUUCUGGGCGGGUUCUUUUUAUGUGUGUAUUAUAUUUUUUUCUUCAUAGUUCAUUGCUUUGGAGGCAAAGGGAACAGGUCAAAGAGGAAGGGGGGAGGGGGCAGGUAGCAUGUUUGCUUUACACUGCUCUCUUUUGUUCUCAUUCAUGCAGAAUUAUUUAUAUUUCUCGUGACACUCUUGCUGAAUUCAAGAGAUUCAUUUGUCCUUUGGAAAAUAGUAUCUUGAUAUUAAAAAUAGUAUGAACUUCAAAAUAAGG